UCGCGGCCGUCGUUGGAGGAGGCGGCGCUGGUGUCGAAGAAGGAGACGGUCUUGGGAAAGCGAAGCUUCGCCGCGCGGGCCAAGUUCGAUAGCCAGCGAAGCAAGGAACACGACAUCGUGGUGGAGCACUCCAUCUCCGACCAGACCAAGGACCGCGACGGCACCGAGCUGUGGAUCACCGUCGACGGCGCCGUCCUCGUCCACGUCGGCAACCUCCAGUGGAAGUUCCGCGGCAGCCAGAUCGUGUGGAUCGACCAGCUCCCGGUCCAGGUCAUCUGGGACGCCCACGACUGGCUCUUCAAGCCCCACGGCCUCACCCACGCCCUCUUCUUGUUCAAGCCCGGCCUGCCGGAGCCCAUCCCUGCGCCGCCUGAAGCAAACGAGCCCGACAAUGCUGCCGUCAUGGUUAACGACGAUGUUAGCGCUGCAGGUGGACAUUCUUCGGAGUUUUGCUUCUUCCUGCACGCUUGGAAGAUCGAAUGA